AUGAACCCAACUUUUACCGCUGUAGAUGAUGUUUUAUAUAAUAUAGAUAAGACUUCCAUUAUCAGAUUCCCAGCGAACAAAAGUACUACAUUUGCUAUUCCAGAGUCAGUAAAAGUCAUUGAAUAUUGCGGUUUCAUAAGCUGUUUGAUUGAAUCGAUUCAAUUUCCAUCAAACUUGAUGACCCUUGGUGGAUGGUCUUUUUCAAGGACUAAUCUAAGAUCAGUUACCAUUCCAGAUUCUGUCACACAAAUAUCUAGCGGUGUUUUUGCUCAUUGCAAAUUCCUGAAUGAACUUGUUUUUGGCAAAGGAAUGAUUUUUGUUCCAGGUUAUAUUGCCUAUAAAUCUUCUAUUCCUUCAGUAACUAUUCCGGAAGGAUAUGUAAAUAUUGGCGGAUAUGCUUUCGAUGAAUGCCCAAAUUGA